AUGACAUUCGAGGAUUCCAAAGCUCCAUUCUAUCUGAAAUAUGGAGGGUCGUUUCAUAUUACACGCCUUGAGGCAUCUGAUAGUGAGCCGGUAGAGCCUGGCCCCCGGGCGUCCAGACUCCAGACUGGCCUGCCGGGCCAAGGACAACACACCGCCAGUAGGAAGAAUCGCAAGUGGUGGAAGGCUCAGGUCCCUACCUGGCAGCAAGAAGUUCAUCAGGCCGGCGGCUUCAGGGUUUCUGGCCUCAGCUUCAGCCUCAAACGUCCUUCCACCUGCGAAGGGGCUCAAGAUUGCCCAGAGGCGAGCUUCGUCAGCUGCGUACCCCGUGUUUCCCGACCAUGCACCUCCUGGGUCUGCAUUUUCAACUUACCAAGCGUCCCAGCUGCCCGCUCUGAAGCCACGGCUCCCAUCGAUACUGCCAGUUCCGCUUGCUUCCGUCUCUGUUCACAAGUCUCCCACCAACUUGGCGAAUGCGGCAUGUUAUUCGAAGUCCUAAUAUGGGUCGCCACUCGCCAGUCGAAUUUGGCGAAAAGAACCCUCCCAUGUCACCGCGGAUCCCAACAAGGUUACCCCCCACCUUAA